AAUGGGAAACAUGAACGAAACAUUGAUGGAAGAAUUUAUUCUUGUGGGAUUUUCGGAAGCUCCCACCCUCCAGCAUUUACUGUUUGCCGUGUUUUUGUUCAUCUACAUCAUGACCGUGAUUGGCAACCUCUCCAUAAUUUUCGCCUACAGGUUCGAUUCAGGCCUUCACACGCCAAUGUACUUCUUUCUAGCUAACUUCUCCUUUCUGGAGAUCUGUUACAUAUCAACCACAGUUCCCAAGUUAUUGUCAAGUCUUCUGCUAGGAAAUAAAUCCAUCUCUUUCUUGGGUUGUGUGGCGCAGAUGUUUUGUUUUUUGCUAUUGGGUGGCACAGAGUGCUACAUGCUUGCAGCAAUGGCAUAUGAUCGCUAUAAUGCCAUAUGUCAUCCUCUUUUGUAUGGCGUUGUCAUGAAUAAGAGAACCUGUCAAGGGCUUAUAUCUGUUUCAUGGAUUAGUGGAGCAAUAAACUCUUUAAUACACGUGGUUCUCACAUUCACAUUGUCCUUCUGUGGUGCUAAGACCAUCAACCACUUCUUCUGUGACAUCCCUCCUCUCCUUGACAUGGCUUGUUCUGCUACAGAGAUUAAUGAAAUUGUCCUUCUAGUGGCAUGUGGCUGUGUCAUUGUCAGCGCGUUCUUAUUAACCAUUGCAUCUUAUGUGCACAUUAUUUCAGCAGUACUAAAUAUAAAAUCUACCUCUGGGAGAAAGAAAGCUUUUUCAACCUGUGCCUCUCAUCUUAUUGUUGUCACUGUGUUUUAUGGCUCUGCUAUUUUCAUGUACUUUAGACCCAAAUCAAGCUAUUCCAUGAAUAAGGAUAGGUUGAUUGCUGCGCUAUAUGCUUUUAUUGCACCGCUACUUAACCCAUUCAUAUACAGCCUCAGGAACAGCGACGUGAAAGUAGCUGUCAAAAAGAUUUUGUGUCGAGUAUUUAUAGUUCAAAGAUAAUGUUAAAACUAGAAUACUAAUAAGGAAAUUGAGAAUGGGAUAUUGUGGGUGUGAAAUUGUUGAUACACAUGUUACUGUUAAAAUAUAAAAAUGUUAUUUACAAAAGUCAAUAAAAUAAUUGUACAAUAAGUAAUCAAUUUAGUAUAUCUGUAGCAGAUAAAAACACAAUCCUUUACAUAUGAUCUUCUACAUGUUUCGCCGUCUUGGCUUCAUCAGGAAGUACAUGUAAGGGAUGCUACUAAACGAGAAAAGAAAAUAUAAAAAAGAUUAAUCACCAAUAAUUUCAAGUAUACAAAGGACAUAUGUUUUUGAUAUUGUUAAGCAACAUUGAACUCAACGGGUGAGCACGAGUUCCUCGAGAUCUUGACCCACACAAUAUGUGUCAGACCAACCAAUACGGUGACAGAAAAAGAGAAAUGACAUUGGCCCACUACACCACGAAAAAGACCCCAACAAGAAAACCAUUUUAUACAUUUAUAAUAUUGGCAUGUAUCUAUUUUUAGACGGAUGCCAGGGGGUUCAUUUUAGUUAGUUCAUAGUCAUAGUGAUACUAAAUUGGACAUAUUAUAAUAAAAAUAAUGUGUAUUAAGUAUGUCAAUAUUAAAAAAAAU